CCUCUUUUAGCGACGCCGAUUUGCAGCAGAAAGAAACUUUCCGGCUGGAUCAGCUCCGUCCUCCGUUGGAAACGGAGAACUGGGUGCGCGGCUGCAGAUUUGCUGCGCGUUGCGGCGGCGGCGGCUGCUUCUUCCUUGGGCGCCUGCUUUCCCCCCAGAUGAGAUCUUUGGCCUGAUGGUUUGCUGCUUUCUUCCCUGAUGAUAUCUUUGGCCUGAUCCGGAUUCUUCAUUGAUUUCUUUUUGAGUGGGGCUUCCCAGAACUGCGCUUUGCCGGCCUCUCCUCCGGAGGCAGCUGCUCCUCUCUGUCUCUCUCUAGGAUCCUGCCAGCUGCAGAGAAGAUGAAGCCCUCCUGGGUGCCCUGGGUCUGGAUCCCCCCAGUGGCGCUCCUGGACUUCUUCACCCUCCGCCUGGCCUGGCAUCUGCUGAGGCUUCCCCAGUGGAGCCCCCUGGUGGCGUCCUGGGCCGCUGCCCUGGCGCGGUGCCUGCUGCUGACCCUCUCGGCUUGUGCCGCCACCUGCUGUGGGGGUCCUGGGGUCCAAGACAGCCUCCUGCCUGCAGCGCUCCUCCUCAGCUUCCUGGUCCCCUGCUACACAACCCUGCAAUACCUGUUUCUGUCUGAAGGGGUCGCCCUAGAGCUGGCGCACGGCUGGGCCCGGGCUGAUGUGUUUGCCCUCAGCUAUGUUGUUGUGGGGGCAUCGGUCCUGUUGUGGCACCACCUCGCCCCCCGUGGGAAGGGGGAGGUGGAGACGAAAUCUUCUGCAUCCUUUUGGCGCCUUGUCGCCACCAUGAGGCCAGAUGUGCUGAGGUUCGUAGCCAUCGCUGUGCUGCUGGUGGUCUCGUCCUUGGGGGAGAUGGCGAUCCCGUACUACACGGGGCACGUGACCGACUGGAUCACCGGUGAGGCUGACCCCUCUGCCUUCGAGAGAGCUCUCUGGAUGAUGUCCGCCCUCACCGUUGGCAGCGCUCUGGCUGAGUUCCUGUGCGACUAUCUCUACAACACCACCAUGAACCACUUCCACACUCGCUUCCAGAGCAACGUCUUCAGAGCCGUCCUGCGACAGGAAGUCGGCUUUUUCCACGCGAACAAGACAGGGGACAUCACUUCCCGGGUGACGACUGACACGGACACCAUGAGCGAGGCCCUCAGCAGUGACCUCAGCCUGCUGAUGUGGUACCUGAUGCGAGGGGUCUUCCUCUACGCCAUGAUGCUGUGGCUGUCGGUCCCCUUGACCCUCUUCGUCACGGUGGCCCUGCCCUUCAUCCUGCUGGUGCCAAAGCUCUCUGGGAAAUUUCACAAGAACCUGGCGCUGCAGGUCCAGGAGUCCCUAGCCAAGGCCAACGAAGUGGCCACAGAGACCUUCCAGGCCAUCUCCACCGUCCGCAGCUUUGCCAACGAGGAUGGCGCUGCUCGGCGCUACGACCAGAAGCUGCAGGAGACCUACAAGUUGAACAAGUGGGAGGCCGUGGCCUACGCGGCCUCCAUGUGGACUAGCGACCUCUCCGGCCUGGCUCUCAAGGUGGGGAUUCUCUACUACGGAGGGCGCCUGGUCACUUUGGGAAGCGUCAGCAGUGGAGAACUCGUUACGUUUGUCCUCUACGAAAUGGAGUUUUCCACAGCAGUGAAGGUCCUGCUCUCCGUUUCUCCACGUGUAGAAAAAGCUGUGGGCUCCUCUGAGAAGCUUUUUGAGUACAUCGACCGGACACCCCAGAUUAGCUCUUCGGGGACGCUAACACCCCAGGAUUUGCAGGGGCAUGUUUUGAUGCGAGACGUCUCGUUCUCCUACCCCGACCGGGAAGGCCCUCCUGUGCUGAAGGGAGUGUCCCUAGAGCUGCGCCCUGGCACGGUGACGGCCCUGGUGGGCCCUUCGGGGUCGGGCAAGAGCACCCUUGUGGCUCUGCUGGAGCGGUUCUACGAGCCCCAGAGCGGGCAGGUGACCCUGGAUGGCAGAGAGCUGAGCAAAUACGACCACCGUUUCCUGCAUGAAAAGGUGGCGCUGGUGAGCCAAAGCCCGGUGCUCUUUGCCCGGUCCUUGCACAGGAACAUUGCUUACGGCUUGGGGGAGAAGAGCCGGGAGGAAGUGGCAGGGGUGGCCAGGCGAGUGGGAGCACAUCGAUUCAUUGCCAGGAUGAGCUGCGGCUAUGACACAGAUGCUGGAGAAACAGGGGGCCAGAUCUCCGGUGGCCAAAGACAGGGGGUUGCCAUUGCCCGGGCCCUGAUCCGAGACCCCCGAGUGCUGAUCUUGGACGAUGCCACGAGCGCCCUCGACAUGGAGAGCCAGCAGAAGGUGGAGAAGGAGAUCUACGAAGGGGAGGCUCGCCACAGGCGCUCUGUCUUGCUCAUCUCCCACCGCCUGCGCAGCGUGGAGUGUGCCGACCGCAUCCUGGUCAUGGAAGAUGGGGAGAUCCAGGAAGAAGGGACCCACCAGGAACUGAUGGAGAAGAAGGGCGUCUACUGGCAGCUGGUGCAGAGGCAGCAGAAUGGAGCUGAGGGCAGCAACAAUGGCUUUGUGGACAUGGACCACGAGCAUCUAUAGUGGGUUCAGAACUGAUGGAGGAUUCCUGGCCUAGACCUAUGCGGUCGUUGCCCAUCAUCCCUGCCUCCUCUUUUGGCAGGAGGGGUGGGAAAAUGCCUGGCAUGCGCCCAAUCCACCAGCCUGCAGCUUGUCACCUCAGUUAAGGCAAAAGAUCUGAGGAGACAUAACCUUGCCUGCAGAAGGUCCCAAGUUCAAGUCCUCUGUGAAUAGGUAGAAACACUCCCUUGUCUGAAACCAUGGAGACCAGCUGCUGCCAGCCAGUGUAGACAGUACUGAGAUUGAUGGGCCCAAUGCUACGAGGCAGCUUCCUCUCUUCCUAAUCUCUCCGUGAAAAUAGUAAUCUUUAUUUCAAGGCAUCUCCUAAAUCUGAGAGGGGCAGCCCCACAAAAUUCCAGCUCUUCGAAACGCAUAUCUUUACAUCUGGAGUUGUCCGUGUGUUUUGGGCCACAUCUUGUGAUCGAUUAUGUGGGGGCAAGCCUUGCCUGGCUCCCCCCACCAAAAUAUUUUAUUCUUGUUGGCACCCCUAGCGGAGGCCGUUACUCAUUUGUCAAUCCCUAUCUUGUCGUAUAAGAUCGGCACAACUGAGAUUUCGAAACCCGUGCGCGGGAAUCACUGUUUAUACGAAGGACAUGCCAAAGGGCAGAGGCCUCGAUCCCAUGAUCCUCUCUGCCUCCCUUACAUCAACCCAGAGGUGGCCCACCUCUGUUGUCUGCUUGACCGUCCUCUCACCCCACACUUUCCCUCACUAUUGGGGCCGUCCCAACAGAUUUUGCUGCCUGAGGUAAAAGGCAGGUCGUCCCUCGCCCACUCCAUGCACAAAUGUCACUUGGGUGGGCAGUCGAGGCCUAACUGUAGCCCUGGCAACUGGGCAGCGUCCUCCAUUUUGUUUUGUACGCCAUACUGUAAAAACCCGGUUAAUGGCUUCAGUUCUUGUGAGUCGCUUUGGGAGGUUGUGAAUCUGAAAAAAGCAGUGGGCCAGGAGUGUGAAGGACCCCUUUUCAGGCCUGAGGGCCACAGUCCCUCAUGGGGAGCCUUCCAGGGGCCACCUGAUAGACUGGGUGUAGCAACGGAAGCGGCGCUUUCCUGUGUAUGGUUACAUUUUGGUCAUACAGUACAAAGGUUUUCUGCAAAAUGCGCACACUUCCCCUCUGUUCAGGGGUUGGUCACAUCCAUGCCGUACUUUCAAAACACUCAUGUGCCGCAUAAACAGGCCCCGCUUCUCUCAGGGUGUCAGGGUUAAGAGUGUCGGAGAAGACCUGGGAGACCUGGGUUCAAAUCCCCGUUUGGCCCUGAAGCUCAGCGGCUGAACUUGGGCCUGACCCUGGCUCUCAGCCUAGCCUACCUCUCAGGGUUUUGGGGAUAAAAUGUGGAGGGGGAGAACCAUGAAUGCCGCUCUCAGCUCAUUGGAGCAAAAGGUGGAAUGUAAACGUGAUAAAUUAAAUUGGUAGGAAGUAGGUACUGUAGUUAAGAGAGCGAGGAGACUCCUCAUAGAGGGACAAGAGAUCAGCUUUUUUGGGGGGUGCCUUGGGCACCCGCUGCCUGGCCCACCAGCCCGAGGCAGCUGCCUCACCCUGCUUAACGGCAGAACCGGCCACAGGUCUAGAGUGGACAAUUUCUGUUCUGUAUUGCGCAAUAACAUGGAGAUGGGGAGCUCUCUGGGGGCUGUGCUCUGAGAUGGUAUCUUUUUCCUCAAACAGGUCUAGGCAGCCGCUUAAAAUGUUGAGGUUUUUGUUUCAUUUUCCAUAAUUUUUUAUAUAUUUUUUUGCUUUUGUGUGUUUCUUACGUGUGCGAACAGAGAAAUGUGCUUUGUUGUAGAUGUGUAUAAAUUAAAACACACUUUUUAUGUGGG